AUGGAGUCGUACACAUUCGCCACUAUUCGCGGUGUUCUUAUGCCUUCAGCGGGGAAUUCAAAGCGGCCGUAUGUGCCGAAGGGAUCACGUACACACAUUAGUGUCACCGCAGCCACAGACGUAAAGGGAACACCAUACAUUCAACAAGAAGAAAAAGAAGAAAAAGAACAACAACAACGACAACUUGGGACUCUUCGUCGUCUUAAACCCCGUGGAAUGGGAAACAAUAAUGACGAUGAUGGAAAGGACUCAACAGAAGAUGAUAACAACAUGAAACACCAGAAUAAACAGAAUAAUAAUAAUAAUAAUAAUAAUAAUAAUAAACAUGAUGAUCCACUCUCUGUGAUGAUGACAGGUCUCAUCGCAACAGAUCCCCGUGAGGGAACUCGUCUCACUCGCAGUUGUGCCUUAAUGGACGGUGAUGUGUAUUGGGAAUCCACCCCACUGCCAUCACAGGAGCGCAUUGGAUGUAUACAACUCACACCAGAAACCCACACGGCAAUGCUGCAGGCAGGCACUAACGCCGCCGUAUUUUCUUCACCAAUACUUUACGUUGCGGAUGUAGUGGGGAAUGUGUACUGCACUACACUGCCCGCCGCAUCUGCAAUGAUAAGUACAGAUGAGGCACCAACCAAACGUAUACGACAGGAAUCGAAUGAUGAUAAUUCCUUCUGGAAGCUUAUCGCAGCAUCGGCAUCUUCCUCCUCCUCCUCCUCUUCAUCCUCAUUAUUAUCAUCUUUUCCUUCUUCUUCUUCUUCUUCCCUCUCUACUGGGGCACGUGGAUGGUGUGGACUUGUGCCGCUUCCUUCCAAUCUUCUCGCCUGUUGUCGGGAGUUUUUCUUUGAUCUCCGUUUACUGGAUGCAUCGGCAGGAACAGUCGUGCAGGAGUACAGUACCACACAUCCACCCACAGGCAUUUCAGCUUGUGCCGGUGUCUCCCACAGUGUGGUGAUAGCGGAAGGACCACUGGCUAGUGUAUAUGAUGUACGCUGCUCAGGAGCCGUCCUUCAACUAGAGAAGGAUGAAAGAAAAACAAGUCAUUCUUCACCCGUUACGGGUCGAUUCACAAGUCCUACUCAUUCUGUAGCGGAUGUGUGUACAACAAGCAACGAGUAUGAAGUGGCAGUAGCGGUGGGUCGCUCCAUUUGUGUACAUGACGUGCGUAAGUGGAAUUGUCUGAGUAUUACAACAAAUGUCCUAAAGUACGAAAUUGGUUCUAUUGCACCACUCGCAUCAGGCAAGGCAGUUGUGGCUGCUGGUAUCGACUCAGAGGUGCGUGUUAUUCCAUUACAAAAGUCAGAGCCUUCUGCUCAAAUGGCUGAAGAAAAUCAUAAUAAUCCCGUUAACGGUAGUCAUAAAAAGAAUAGCACCAGUCAGAAUAAUAAUAGUAGUAAUGAUGGUAAUAACCAUAACACUCAGAGUGCAGGAGAGAAGGAGGAGGGAACUUCCGGUAUGUCCUUUAGGAAUCGUAUUGACUCUGUUGUAAGCUGUGGGAGCACAUGGCAAGGCGGAUGGGUGACAUCUCUUGAUGGUAGUUGCGCCAGUGGCAUAUCGGUAGACUACGAACUCUUCCUUUCAUGCUAA